CCCGUGUCGCGUCAGUCUUCCUGCUGUGUCAAGCAGACGGUUGCCGGUGCCAGCCGAACAAACACUACAGUCAAACAGCGGUGCUCGGGCACAGCAAACUGAGAAAAUGGCCAAGAAACGGAGAGACAGAAGAGAGGCGGACGGUCUGACUUCAGCCCAGGAGGAGCCGAAGGCAGGUCCCGACGACCCGCAGGUGCUGAAAGAAGUGCACCAUACUGAAGGGGGCUCGGCACGCAUGUCUCUCCUCAUUCUGCUGUCCAUCUUUACCUGCUCUGCCUCAGUCAUGUACCUGGUCUACAGGAACUUCCCAGAGCUUAAUGAUGAUGAAAUGGAAAAAAUCAAGAUCCCUAAAGACAUGGAUGAUGCCAAAGCUCUGGGCACUGUGCUGUCCAAAUACAAGGACACCUACUACACCCAAGUGUUGAUGGCCUACUUCACAACAUAUGUUUUCCUUCAGACAUUUGCGAUCCCUGGAUCUAUCUUCCUCAGCAUCCUGUCUGGAUAUCUCUACCCUUUCCCUCUGGCACUUUUCUUAGUCUGCUUGUGCUCUGGCCUCGGUGCCUCCUUCUGCUAUAUGCUCUCUUACCUGGUGGGGAGACCCGUGGUCUACAGAUAUCUCACAGAGAGAGCACAGAAAUGGUCUCAGCAGGUUGACAAACAUAGAGACCAUUUAAUCAAUUACAUCAUUUUCCUGAGGAUAACCCCUUUUCUUCCCAACUGGUUCAUCAACAUCACCUCACCUGUCAUCAACGUGCCUUUGGGGGUUUUCUUCCUUGGUACCUUUCUUGGAGUGGCCCCACCAUCCUUUGUGGCAAUCAACGCAGGUACAACACUAUACAAACUGACCACAGCAGGCGAGGCAGUGUCCUGGAACUCUCUGGCGGUGCUCGGGGUGCUCGCCGUGCUCUCGAUCUUGCCUGUCUGCUUCCAGAAAAAGCUGCAGCAGAAACUAGAAUAGAACAUAAAACACCUCAGCAACUCAUCUACCGGCUGAUCCCACAUCCCCUUCCCAUGGCUCAGGAACAGCACACGCAGCUGUCACUCAAGUUGCUCUGCCUCAGUCUCAUACACAGCUGCUCAUGCUGCAGGGGGUUGAAUCCUUGACCACUGGCACGGUUAACACUCCUUGUCCACAAGAUGCAUGCAGUGGUGGGUUCCCUGUGACUUAAUCUGGUUGUUUGGUUAUUAUCUGUUGUUAAUUGUGGCACAUCAUGUGAAUAGAAAAAAAUAUGCAGUUUAAAAAAUCAGGCACCGUUAGCUGUAGGAUGGUUAAAAUCAUGUCCCACAGUUAAAGGUGCUAUUUGUAGGAUUUGAAAGUGACACGAGUCUUGGAUUUGCUUUUCAAAAAUGGAAGUGCCAGUGGCUUCUUGGGAACAUCGUAUUUCUGUCUGCCAGGAAAGAGACUAUGGUUUACUGUCCACUAGUGUGAAAUUUACAUAAUUCACAGAAAACCUGAUUUGAAACUUCAUUGAUUAUUAGCAGUAUCCCUUUUGAGCUGGAUAUAUGUUAUUCUUAGAAUAUGUUUUGCUGCUGUGGUAGCAACCUGUCAGUGUGUGAAUCCUAUAAUUAGUAUGUUGAGGUUCUCUCCCUUUUAGAUAUUUGUUCUAACAGGCUUGUAUUAAGUCACGCCUUGAAACCACAAACCACAAAAGCAACAAGUGUCCCACCAGUAUGUUGAAAGUGGAUUUUAUCUCUUAAAAAAUGUUUUAAAAAAUUGAUGCUAGCCUUGGUAAAUUUAUGCAGUAGAUAAAAACAGACUUUUUUCACAGCAGUCAUUUUGACAUGAAAUAGCAGGUAAAUACAGGUGUUACUACUGACAUUAAGUAAAGUUCUGUUGCAUUAAAGUGUAGCAGAGUCUUUCCAGUGAACCAAUAUGAACAACAGAAGGACCCAGGCCCUUUUAGACCGAAAUGGACAGAACCUUACUUAAUGCCAGUAGCAACACCUGUGUUUACCUGCUAUUUCAUGUUAAAAUGGCUACUGUGAAGAAGGUCUGUUGCUGUUAUAGUGGUGGAGAAAAGUGACAUGAUUGACCGAAAUGAGUACACCUUUUUGUUGACACAAUAGUUUUACAUCAGCACUCCUAGACAGGUGCCUGGAUCCACCAUCAUGCGUCAGUAAUUUUUGUUUUCACAGGUUUAUUUACUUGUUAACUACAUACCCUUUGAAUUUUGUGUCUUCUCUUAGGAGGCAGAUAGCUUCAGACAUUUGGCACUCUAAUUGAAUUUACCAGUUUACGGGCAGGGACGACAUGAGCAUGCUAUGUUUGCAUAUAAUCACCUGGGUAAAUCAUCUCUUUGCCUCUGUAACUGCUAAAAAAAAAAAAAAACAGGCCAGGCUGAGGAGUUAAACAUUACUCAUGCAGAGAUUCAUCAAACCACAGUGGGCUGGACUCCAGACAUCUGAAUUCAAAAUGGCAUCCACAGUUAACAAGUGAAUAUACGAGGUACAGGCAACUGAAAUGGGGCAGAAUCAUUCUGUUAAGUGAACUUGACAAAUCCAAGGCUAACCUUUUAGUAGCCUCGGCGCUCUACGUUUGAUCAUGUGACUGCACUUCUGGAUUUGUGCUGAAAUGACAUGCAUCCAGCUCUGGCCUUUGCUUUUGUACGCUACGCCAGUAUGGACGUGCAGGUGGUGUCCAUGCCACGGAUGACGUGCCAGUGCCCUUGAAAAGACUGCCAAUGGACUGUGAAGUAUAAAAGCCUUGCCUUGCUUUUACUACUUUAGUUUUCUGAGUAAUUUAUGAAGAUAAUUAUUAUAUGAAUCUAACCAGGAGACAUGAUGCCUGACUUAUCUUAUUGAAUCUUGCUUUACUGAUAAAUUUUGUCCUGUCUUAAAAAAGCUUGCUGUUUUUUUUUUGUUUGUUUUUUAAAUGUAAGGUAUUUUGUUGCUGCUGCUUAAAAAAACUUUCUGGAAGGUACCAGGGAGAUUUAUGCAGUGAAUGUACACAUAGGUAACAAUUCUUACUGCUUAUUGUUUCUUCGUAGUAGAUGGCUGGGCUUUCUCUAAUCACAUAAAUUUUCACCUAUUUUUGAGCAAUCUGUUGGGUGUAUUUUCAGGUUCUCUGUUUUAGGCUGUUUGUAAAGUCAAUAUAAUGUCUUAAAACUGAACAGAUUCACUGUCCUACUGUAAAAUUGUAUUAACCUCUCAGAACUUGAUGCAAUAUGAUUACUCAAACAUCGAGUUAUUGUAAAUUUGAAGUGAGCAGUAGUGAGGGUUUUCAACCUUGCACAUUUUAUAGUUGCAAAUAAUGCUCAUUUGUAUGGGUGUUGGAUUGUUUUUAUGGUUGUUACUAAGUUAUAAAGCUCAGUUUGUGCACCUGUGAUACAACAUUUUCUGGGAAAAAUGCAUCUUUAGUCGCUAUUUCAGUGGUAAAGGGUAUCCAACAAGCUAUUACUUCUCAUCCCUAUGAAUACUUUCAAUAUAUUUUAGUUAUUAAUGUUCCAGCUUCUUACAAAAAGGACUAUAAUAUUCUAAAACUUCAGUGACAUGAAGGAGGGUAGAUGUUCAUUGGUUUCACUGUUUCCUAUUUAUUCAAAGAGCAAAAAUUGUGUUAAAACUAGUAUUAGAAUCUGAAACUCCAUUUUGCUCAAAUAAGAUACACGUUAAUGCCAAAGUGUUUUUUUUUUUCUUUUAAUCUGUCCCACCCCCACUGAGGAUGUUGCAAAUUGCUGUGAGAUAAUUCUUGUUUUAUUGUCUGUUGAUGUUUCAAAACAGUAUUAAGUUGUUCAAAGUAGUGAUGUAUUGCAGUAUGACAUGUUUACAGCUACUGUUUAUUGUAAUUUUCUGUCCUAUCUAAUCACACUUAUGUUUAUUUUUUAUAUUUAUUAAAUCAUUAAAAUAA